CCAGAGCCACACGCUUCAUGCAGCGGGAGAGCCAGCCCGACAUGCUCGGGGAAUCCCUGCCUACGGUGCGAGCCCUUAGAUAAAGCCGGGGGCUUGCCUGCUUUCAUCCCCUCCACACAGACAUCGCUAGCUCCCUUCCCAGCCCCGUUCUGUACUUAUGGAGGAGCUGGUAGAGGCUGAUCAUGCCUAGGAAAGGGAAUGGGCAGCUGCCUUUACCGGAUGGCUGGGAAGAAGCGAGGGAUUACGACGGGAAAGUCUUUUAUAUCGAUCACAACAGCAGACAGACCAGUUGGAUUGACCCAAGGGACAGGCUAACAAAACCUUUGUCAUUUGCUGACUGCGUUGGCAAUGAGUUGCCUUGGGGAUGGGAGUCUUCCUAUGAUCCUCAGAUUGGAGUCUACUUUAUCAACCAUAUUAACCAAACCACACAGAUAGAAGACCCAAGGAAGUUAUGGAGGAACGAGCAAGAACGUAUGCUGAAGGAUUACCUCAUGGUGGCUCAGGAUGCCCUAAGCACACAGAAAGAACUCUACCACAUCAAAGAGCAAAGGCUGGCACUUGCGCUGGAUGAGUAUGUGCGCCUCAAUGAUGCCUAUAAAGAGAAAUCCAGUUCACGCACAAGCUUAUUUUCAGGCUCUUCAUCAAGUACAAAAUAUGACCCUGAUAUCCUUAAGGCAGAGAUAUCCACCACAAAAGUGAGGGUUAAAAAGCUGAAGAGGGAACUGUCACAAAUGAAACAAGAACUACUUUACAAGGAGCAAGGCUUUGAAACAUUACAGCGUAUUGACCAAAAAAUGUCAGGUGGGCAGAGCGGCUAUGAGCUGAGAGAAGCUAAGGAUAUCUUAUCAGAACUUAAAUCUAUUAGAAAAGCAAUCAGCACUGGAGAAAAGGAAAAACAAGAUUUAAUGCAGAGCCUUGUUAAACUCAAAGAGCGUUUCCAUCUAGAGGAAGCCAGGGGCAGAUCGGAACCGGACUUAAGGUCCAACCUCGCAAACUCUCAUUUGUCUCUGUCAAGACAAACUCUGGAUGCAGGAUCUCAAACAGAUAUUUCUGGUGAUAUUGGAGUGAGGAGUAGGUCAAACCUGGCAGAAAAGGUCAGAUUAAGCCUGCAAUAUGAAGAAGCUAAAAGAAGCAUGGCCAAUCUGAAGAUAGAACUUGCAAAGCUGGACAGCGAGGCCUGGCCCGGGGCUCUGGAUGUAGAGAAAGAGAAGCUAAUGCUGAUCAACGAGAAGGAAGAACUUCUGAAAGAACUUCAGUUUGUAACAACCCGAAGGCGCACUCAGGGUGAGAUAGAGCGACUGGAGGGGGAAAGGAGGCGGCUGGAAGAGGAGCUCCUCUCAGUGAAAAGCUCUCCUAGCAAAGCACUUGCUGAGCGGUUAAAAAUCCAAGAGAAGAAGAAAGAGCUGGUAAAGAAACUGGAAGAAGUCACAAAAUCUGCUACCUAUUUGCAUUCUCAACUGAAAAGUCUCUCUGCCAGCACCUUAUCUGUGUCCUCUGGAAGCAGUAUUGGCUCCUUAGCUUCAAGUCGUGGCUCUUUGAACACAUCAAGUCGCGGAUCACUCAAUUCCCUGAGUUCUACUGACCUGUAUUACAAUCAAAAUGAACCAGCAGCAGACUUGGACUAUCAGUACAAACUGGACUUCCUCUUACAGGAAAAAAGUGGGUACAUUCCUUGUGGGCCCAUCACCACCAUACAUGAAAAUGAAGUGGUCCAUUGUCACGAGAGGAUAGACUACACCAAUUCCCCUACUGCCCAACAGGACACACAGGAUGCCAAACCUCCUAAAUCUGUGACAUCACUUUCUUCUCUCUCUUCACUUUCAUCAUUGUCCCCACCAGGCUCACCCCCGGUUUUGGAAGGGGUGUUCUCCUUAUGUACUCAGGACUCUCUCAGGACAGGUUUUGAGAUCUCAGAGCUUCCUGAGUCCUUUGCAGAUAUGAACUUACAUGAGAAUCUGCAACUGAUGGAAUCUGUUGCUGGAGAAUCUCAAGCCUUGGCAGAGAGAAAGAGUACAGGGGAAGGCUUGAGGCACCAGUCUUCAGCAUCACAAGAAGGAAGGACAGAUAUUGAGUUUCCAAGAAAGAACCCUGACCGUGUGCAAGAGGAAAAGGCUAUGUGUGUAUCUGCGGCAGUAUCAGAUGAGUCAGUGGCUGGGGACAGUGGUGUAUAUGAACCAUCAGUGAAACCCCCUGGCGAGGAUCCUGUGUUUAAUGAUGAUUAUUCUAUUCUGGGGGCAGCUCAAGCUCAGUUAAUUCUUAGAUAUGAUUCCGGAAAUUCCAGCUUUGUGAUUAUAAUUGUAAAGGCACGGAACAAUCUCUCCUAUGUCCAGUUUGGUUCCAGAAUAUAUUUCAGAGUUGCUGUUCUUCCGUCCUCUAAUGAUACCAGCUGCCUCUUCCGGACCAAAGUCUACCCUGCAACUGAAUCUGUCUUAUUUAAUGAGCUGUUCCGAGUAUCCAUUUCACAGACCACCUUGCAGCAAAAGACUCUUAGAGUGGACAUGUGCUCUGUUGGCAAAACACAUCGGGAAGAUUGCCUGGCUGGGACGCAGAUCAGCUUGGCAGACUUCUCCUUUUCUAAUGAUGUCCAUACUCAGUGGUAUACCUUGCUGCCUUCCAGAACCAUUCCUCUUUAUAAGGAGCAGCUUGAGAAAUCAGUAUUGAGUGCAAGCAAUACCCAAACUGCAGCUUUGGACCUGGAUGCAGUGUCAGCAUUGCUGGAAAGGACAUCUGCCGAGCUUGAAGCAGUGGAGCAAGAACUGGCCCAAGAAGAUGAUGAUCAGGAACAGUUAUGCCCUGGUGAUGAUUGGCCAGAGAUGGCACCAGAAGAAUCGUUCAGCACCCUGGAGGAACAUGAGGCAGACCUGCUGCUCAGUGGUGAAUACUACGCUGUGCCGCUGCAGUUAUCCUCUGAAACGACAGAGAAAUCUGAAGAACUCUAUGGAGAAACAAGCAACUGGGACUCUGUUGUGUCUCCUCUCCCUCAAGCUGAGCUUCCAACUCUGGUUGACAAGGAAACGAAUACAGAAGAAGCACUUCAAGAAAAUCUUUCAGUUCGACCAAAAGAGAGAGCAAACCUUGGAUCCAGGCAGCGGCCUUUUGUUCGUAACAGCAUGAUUGUCCGUUCUCAGACCUUUUCCCCAGGAGAAAAGAAUCAAUAUAUAUGUAGGCUGAAUCGAAGCGACAGUGACAGCUCUACCCUCGCCAAAAAGUCUCCAUUCAUUAGGAAUGCCAAUGAGAGACGAAGUCUGAGAGUCAAGCGGCCCAUCUGCCAGCCGAUGACCAGAAGAACUGUGCAUGAAUGUCGUGAGAGGACCUCUCUAGACUUGGAGCUGGAUCUCCAAGCAUCGCUUACCAGACAGAGUCGGCUCAAUGAUGAGCUGCAGUCUCUACGAGACCUAAAGCAGAGGCUGGAGGAGAUGAAAGCCAGAGGAGAGACAGAGUUGCCACUUUGUGUACUGGAAGAUGAGCGUUUCCAGAGGCUCUUGAAACAAGCUGAAAAACAGGCUGAACAGUCAAAAGAGGAACAAAAGCAGGGUCUGAAUGCUGAAAAAUUGAUGAGAAAAGCCUCAAAAGAUGUUUGCAGGCUCAGAGAACAGAGCCAGAAGGUGCCUCUUCAAGUUCAGUCAUUCAGGGAGAAGAUUACCUACUUCACGAGAGCAAAGAUCAGCAUACCAUCCCUGUCAGCCGAUGAUGUAUAGUCAUAUUCUAUUUUUUAUAGCUGUAUUUUUCCGAACCUCCAUCUUUAUAGAUGAACUUUUUUGUAGCAUAGAUAUAUCUGCUUUUAUGGGAAAAAAUAUUUUUUUUACAGUAGCCCAUCAUUUGUAAAAUACCGAAUUAAUAUACAUAUAA